AUGAAGGCUGCAGGCUCAUUGGGUGUGGUUGUAUGCUUGUUCUUGGUGGUGGUUGGUGUUUUGGUUGAGGUGGUUCCAAUGGCAGAAGGCGACACGACGCCUAGCCAAUGCAAGCAAGAGAAGGACCUUCCUGUGAGUGCAUGCAAAAGGGCAGGAGAAGAACCUGGGUUUCUCCCCUCUCCUCGGAUUGCUGUUAGAUCUCUCUUUUUUGGAGAUAGAGCUGUUAGAUUUGGUUGGAUCUACAAUCAUUGGUGCUUUUGGAUCAAGUGGGGAUUUGGAGAUGAUGUGAUAUUCAUUAGAAUGUCCUAUUGGAUGCUGAGUAGUAACGCCUUCCACUUCGUGGUGUUUCCUGUCCCAAGUUGUUUGAGAGAUUGUUCUAUGCCUUGGUCUUCCAGAGGUACUGGUUUGCUGCAGGUUUUGUGGGUCCUCCUUAUUUGUAAUUCCAAAUGA